UUAGUAUGGAAGUGUGCGGUCUCCGUUGUGGCUUUGUUCUACAGUGUGUUGCGUAAAACACGAGCCUAUUUGUCCCACACACACACACUGAAGAGCUAGUGGGUUGCAUCAGAAGGACAAAAGCUUUCAAGUUCAAGCUUUUGUUACAGUGUCGGUACAAUGUCUGUUCCUCCUUCUUACUCUGACCUGGGAAAAUCAGCCAAGGAUAUCUUUAGCAAGGGCUAUGGUUUCGGAAUAGUUAAGUUGGACCUCAAGACCAAGUCGCAGAAUGCAGUUGAAUUCAACACAUCCGGCUCUACUAAUAUCGACACAGGCAAGGCCGGUGGGAGUUUGGAGACCAAGUACAAGCUGAAGGAGCUGGGAAUCGGCCUCAAUCAGAAAUGGAACACGGACAACACUCUCACUACUGAACUUUCAGUGGAGGACCAGCUGGCAAAGGGCUUGAAGGUGGCUCUCGACACGUCCUUUGUUCCAAACACAGGCAAAAAGAGUGGCAAGCUGAAGACUGGCUACAAGCGGGACUACAUCAACCUGUCCUGCGACGUUGACUUUGAGGGCCCAGUUGUGCAUUCUGCAGCUGUUUUGGGCUACGCUGGCUGGUUGACUGGUUACCAAAUGGCAUUUGACACAGCGAAGUCCAAACUGGUGCAGAACAACUUUGCUCUUGGCUACAAGGCUGGCGAUUUCCAGCUUCACACCAAUGUAAAUGAUGGAACUGAAUUCGGAGGCUCUGUCUACCAGAAGGUGAACAGUCAACUGGAGACAUCGGUCACUCUGGCCUGGACUGCGGGAAGCAACAACACACGCUUUGGCAUUGCUGCCAAGUACCAACUGGACAAAGAUGCAUCUUUGUCUGCAAAGGUGAACAACGCCAGUCUGAUUGGAGUCGGUUACACUCAGUGUCUGCGGCCAGGUGUGAAGGUGACCCUCUCUGCACUCAUCGAUGGCAAGAACUUCAACACUGGAGGACAUAAAGUUGGACUGGGCUUUGAACUUGAAGCAUAAACGCCCACUCCUGUCAUAUUUAUCCUCCAUUUUCCGUUGUUCUUUGUACACAAGCGUUAGCCCCCCGCCCCCCUUCCCCAAGCGAAAGACGAAGACGUGAUCAUCGGUGCUGUUUUGAGCGACGCACUAAACACGAACGCUAAAUGCUUCCAUCCGAUAAAUAGAUGGUUCAUCAAUAAUAUGAAAGGAUCUGCAGUCUGGAAAUAUUAAAAAUAACGAUCUCCCAUUAAAAAACACUGCACUACAA